AUGGAGUCACGAUUGGAAGUUCGCCUCGCGAACUGCAUUAUUUUGGUGUCAGUUUUGCUGACAAUUUCAUUGGGAAUAAAAGCCCAGGAUGAUGCCUCUGUGGGACGUCUUAUUACCCUCCAAGCCGGAAGUCCAGCCCCUGCCCCGCCGCCACAGGAAGUGAUCAUCGAAGGGGACUACGACCACCAUCACCACCAUCAUCCUCCGGCGUAUCCCCCGAGCUAUCCAUAUCCUCCGCAUUCGCCACCGUCGCACUGUCAUUGCCCGCCAGGUCCUCCUGGUCCCCCAGGACCUCCUGGAACACCCGGACUGCCCGGCCUGAAGGGUUAUCCUGGCCCCAAGGGCUCCAAGGGCGAUCCCGGCGAGAAGGGAGCGCAGGGAGACAAGGGUUAUCCCGGUAUGCCAGGAAUGCCUGGGCCCCAGGGUCCACCUGGAUACCCUGGAGGUGCAUAUCCCCCCUAUCCAUAUCCUCCACCUGGACACGGACAUGGACACGGACACGGACACGGUCAUGGUCAUGGAGGUCAUCAUCGCAUCUACGAUGAUGAAUACCACGAAGAGGACGACGACCAUUAUGGUCACGAACGCGCCUUUAGUAUUAUAGAAGAGGAUCAAUUUGACAAUAAACCCCUUAUCUUGGCAUUUAGCCAUCAGAGAAAUCCACUUAUUUCAAAAUCAAAUAAAAGACGAAAUUAA